AUGCUUCUUUCCACGAGAGCAGCGGCCCGCCUCCUUCCGCGAGCUUCGAUCACUUUGGUAGCUCAGAUUUUGACGCCGGGAAGUCGAAUUUCGAAAUACGGAGGCCUUAGGAGUAGGACCGUCGCCGCCCUCUACCCUUCGAGACGACAGUACUCGAACAGCCCCUACGACAAGAUUGAUGUCAAGACCGAAAAGGAAGUUGGCAGGAAGAAGAUUCAGUCUCGUCCUGAAGAUGUUUCUGUAGAUUCGUCUACACGCCAAGUUUUCGAGCCCAGUCCGGCCGCACAGAACAAUGACCGUGUUCAAGAUGGCCUCGUACACGACUUGGGUAUCGUAAGAGACACUUUUGAGCUUUCCGAUGUGCCCAAACAGCCCUAUUGGCUUGGCCUCGCCGGCACGAUCCCCUACCUUGGUACAUCACUAGCCACAGUCUACUUGAGUUGGGACCUCAACACGGACUGGCCGUCCUCUUCGACACUGAUCAAUCACAUUCAUAUGAACCACGAAUCGGCGCAAUACUGGCUUGACUUCCUCGAGCCAGUGCAGCUAGGUUACGGCGCCGUCAUCAUCUCGUUUCUGGGCGCUGUGCAUUGGGGCAUGGAAUACACUGCCAAGACCAUCUCGUCUUCGCGCACAAACUUUCGUUAUGGCAUGGGCGUCCUCGCGCCUGUCGUUGCGUGGCCUACCCUGUUCAUGCCGAUCGAGGCGGCGUUGAUCACACAAUUUUCCGCUUUCACAGGCCUCUACCUGGCCGAUGCUCGCGCGACGACGCGUGGCUGGACACCGCCCUGGUACACCAAGUACAGAUUCAUUCUGACGGGCAUCGUCGGUGUUGCGAUCUUCGUCAGCCUUGUCGGUCGGGCCAAGGUCGGUUCGGCCGCCCCUCGUUUGGGUCAAGGCCUUUCGGACAGAGUCCAUGAGAACCUCCCAAACAAGGAAGUCGAUUGGGCAGCGCUGGAGAAGAAGGAAAAGGAGAAGAACAGGAAGCUAAAGGCCGAGGCCGAACGCAAGCACAAGGAGGAUGAAGCUGCCAGCAAGGAGGGUGGUCGUAAGCAAAGCGGGAAAGGCAACAAGUUGGGUGGCGAUGAUAAGGACAAGACCAAAAAGGAAGACCAGUCUGCGGAAGACCCGAACAAGAACGGCGACAAGGCCGGCGACCAGGCUGACCGUGAGUCCGAAAACCAGCCCGACACCAAGUCAGACGGCGAAGAGUCCAAAGGCAAGGAAUCCAGCGGGCAGGCUAAGGAUGGACCUGAAGAUGAGGACGACGAGGAUAAGAAGGGCGAGAGGAGGAAUACCGGCAACGGGAAGGCAAGCAAAGAAGGCAGCAAGGAAAAGUCGAAGAAGUGA